GGAGCGGUGGGUUUGCCCAUUCUCCUGCUGAGAGUGACGCGAUCAUCUCUCUUAUCCCUCAACUUUGCCUGUUGCCAGAGCAGGCAGCCGAGCCGGACGCUGCUGUCCCCGCUAACUCUCUCUCUCUCUCUCUGAUCGCGACCUCACCACAACAACACCUUCAGCUCACACACGUUUUUUUUUUAUUUAUCCCUCCGGCUGGCUGUGCUGACACUCGGCCGCGAUGUUUCCUAGUUUCUCUUCCCAUCGGACUCCCCGAUGUUGUGCGGUGAACUACACGGAGGCGUGAAUCUUUCUGAGUAGAGGUGGAUCUUCCCGGAUACGGCGAGGGGAGCAUAUCAAAUCCCGAGAAAAAGAGAAGACUUUCACGGAAAUCCCCACGAACAGAAAUGCCGAGGAGGAAACAAGAAGCGCCGAAGCGCGCGGCAGCCUAUUCUCCCGAGGACCUGACAGAGCCCGUCGUGGAGGAAGAGGAGGCAGAAGCAGAUGACCUGCCCUCAGCCCCUCAGGAUGACCUUCCCAUGAAAGAUGAGUUGGAGGAGCAGAGCGUGGGGCCUGCCAAGGAGCAAGCAUGCGACCAGGAAUCAGCAGGGGCCCCAGAGCUCUCAGGCCAAGAGAUGGACAGUGAGUCACAUGUGAGCGAGACCAGUGACCGCCUCUCAGACUUUGAGAGCCCCUCUGGGAAGGCUGAGGGCAGUUUGGUCACUGCACCUCUGAAUGGUGGCACUAAAACACCUCCCAUAGGCGUGGACACCUUAGAACAAAUGAAGGCCAUCUACUCCAGCUUCAUGAGCAGCCCUCUGUGGUCUCCACUGAACUUUAAUUCCACCCCGCCACAGGUGCCAUCAACAGUCUCGACAGAGAAGCCAGCUCGCAGCAACAGCACCAGUAGCAGUAGCAGCUGCAGCAGUGGUAGCUAUGACUGGCACCAGUCUGCAGUGGCAAAGACUCUACAACAGCACCCUCCCCAGAGCCGUCAUCACACUCAGUCUGAGCCCAGCCUCUUCAGCACAGUCCAGCUCCACAGACAAAACCCAAAGCUGUUUGGCUCCAUCUUUACCGGGGCCAGUAAAUUCCGCUGUAAGGGCUGUAGUGCUGCUUAUGACACCCUAGUGGAGCUGACAGUUCACAUGAAUGAUACAGGCCACUACCGCGAUGACAACCACGACAGGGCAGGCAGUGGGGGGAAGCGCUGGUCCAAGCCACGGAAGCGAUCCCUGUUAGAGAUGGAGGGGAAGGAGGAUGCUCAGAAAGUUUUAAAGUGCAUGUACUGUGGCCACUCCUUUGAAUCUCUGCAGGACCUCAGUGUCCACAUGAUCAAGACCAAACAUUACCAGAAAGUGCCUCUGAAGGAGCCGAUGGCCCCCGUGGCAGCCAAAAUCCUGUCUUCAAAGAAAAGAGGUCUUGUAGGGUUGGACUUCACUGCCUUGCCACGUUCUAGAGAAGCAACCCCCAAAACGAAGCAUCCACCUGCAGACAUGAGUGAACCCCCACAAAGACCUUCCUCCAGCCCCUACACCACCUCCAGCAACCGCUACGGACACCAGAACGGUGCUAGCUACGCUUGGCAGUUUGAGUCCAACAAAUUCCAGAUCCUCAAGUGUAUGGAGUGUGGUAGCUCCCAUAAUACACUGCAAGAGCUGAGAUCCCACAUGAUGGUGACGGGACAUUUCCUGAGGGUGACCAGCUCUGUGGGAAAGAAAAUCAAAACACUUCCUGAAGCCACGUCCCCAAACCCCGGCCGGGUUGCCACACCUACUGAACAGAGGGUCCAGUCGGUUCCACUCGCACCCUCCACCUUCUCUCCUCCACCUCUUCAAAGUACCCCGACUCCCCCUGCUACCACCCCUCCCCUUAAAGAGAUCAAAAAGGAGGAGGUCGAGGAGGAGUGCACUCAGACAGAGCUGGUUGGAGAGGAGAGGCAAGUUGUAGCGUCAGUUGGGAAGGAGGAGGAUGCAGAGAAGGAGGUAAAAUAUGACAUCUCAUUGUACAACUAUCUGACGGAAGAGGACCUGAAGGAGAGCCCUAAAGGGGGCUUUGAUAUCCUCAAAUCACUGGAAAACACUGUGACAUCAGCCAUCAAUAAGGCACAGAGUGGGAAUCCAAGCUGGGGCGGCUACCCCAGCAUCCACGCAGCCUACCAAUUCCCCAGUGCCCUCAAGCUCCAACAGGGCAGCAUGGAAAAGAACUCCCCAAUGAAGUUCUUGUUCAACGGAGGGGACAUAGCAUUAUCUUCCCUUCCAAAGAACCAGCCCCUUAUUUCACCACCGCUUAGUCAUUCCUCCCCCUUCCCCAGCAACAACUUCCAGGCAAUGGAGGAUUUGGUGAAAAAAGUGACUGAGAAAGUAGCGAAAGUAGAGCGGAGGGUGAAGCAGAUGUCUCCUAAGAUGGAGAGCCAUCUCUCACCGUGUGGUAGCGAGACUGGAGAGUCGCUCAAGGGAGGAGAGGCUGACUCACCACGGGAAUGGAGGGCCGUCACCCCGGCCAAUAGCGACAAGGGAAGCCAUAGCGACAGAGCUUCCCCGGCAACAGAACCCAGGAGAGAGGCAGCAGUCAGGUCCCCUCUCGCCUCCACACUAAGAGGCAGCACUGCCAUUAUUACUGGCCAUACUCCUCCAGAGCAGCCCUUUGUCAACCCUCUAAGUGCUCUUCAGUCAGUAAUGAACAUUCAUUUGGGGAAAGCAGCCAAGCCCUCCUUGCCAAACCAAGAUCCCCUGAGCCUGCUCUCCAGACUCAGUCAGAGCAUGGCUGAGCGGGCUGCUGUGGCCGCCCCUCCCUCACAGACCAAAAAGCAGGAAGGUGUGGUUGAUAAUAGCUUUUGCCAGCCCAGCGAUGACCAGCCUAUGGACCUCACAAAAGGGAAAAGCGAUAGAGGAGGCUCCGUUGGCUCAGCUCCCCUCACCCCUUCAUCCACAGCUUCUUCCAUCUCCCCUUCCUCCCUCAUUACUCCUGCUAAGCUAACAGUGGUCUCACCCUACACAUCAAGCAGCCCGCUGCAUGAAAACGCAUUGUCAGAUAUCUCAGACAUGCUGAGGAACCUGACACAGUCCCAUCAUGUCCCAAAGCCCCCCUCAAGGUCCCGGGUCACAGAUAAAGUCGAUAUCGUUGGCUCAACUCAUGACGAUGAUGACGCAUCCUUGCAUGGAAACAAACGGAAAGGGCGUCACUCCAACUGGAACCCACAGCACCUUCUUCUCCUGCAGGCUCAGUUUGCCUCAAGCCUGAGGCCGACGUCAGAGGGGAAGUUCAUAAUCCAUGACCUCAGCCCCCAGGAAAGGAUGCAUGUAUCCCGUUUCACAGGACUCUCUAUGACCACCAUCAGCCACUGGCUGGCUAACGUCAAGUACCAGCUGAGGAGGACUGGCAGAACAAAGUUCCUAAAAAACCUGGACUCUGGUCAGCCUAUAUUCUUCUGUAGUGACUGUGCCUCCCAGAUCCGAACCCCAGCAGCGUACGUAUGCCACCUGGAAGCCCACCUAGGCUUCAGAAUCAGAGACCUGGCCAAGCUGUCCCCCAAACAGACUGUGAGGGACUCCAACAGUCUCACUGAGAAACUGGUGCCCCAGGAGUCCUUCCUUUCUGCACAAUCACAAGACGACUGCAGUAGUAACGGGGCAGUGUACCGCUGCCAGCUCUGUGUCCGUAAAUUUGCCACUAAGCAUGCCAUCAAGCUUCACCUGAGCAAGAGCCAUGGGAAGUCUCCAGAGGACCAUCUGCUGUAUGUGUGUGAACUAGAGAAACAUUAAAUGGCUCCCAGCUGCAGACAUACUGGGGAAAAAAAACACACACAUGCAGGAUGACUGUCAAAAAAAGUGUAGUUAUGCAUAAAGAUGCCAUGAACUACGUUUCUAAUGUCAGCACAAGGUGUUUACAUCUGUUGGGCCUGUAAACAUUUCUGAUUUCUUUUUAUUUAACUUUCAAAUAUACUCGAGGUCAAAGAAAUCCAGCCAGUUUGGAGUCCGCUUGGUUGUCUCCCUCACUGUGAGACAACAGAGGACAGAUUACAUAAAGAUGACGGUGAAUCUUUGACGAGAAGGUCAGCUGACAACUUGAAGUGUAUUAACUUUAUUGUAUUUAUUUUGUGUUUCUGUGAGUUUGGUUUUGAUUUUGCUGAUAGACUGCAUGUGUUCCCGUGUGUACAGUCCUGUCCUGUCAGGUUUUUAAUGCUCCCUCUCACACUGGUCAUUUCUGAAUAUUCUAAAACAGCCAAAUGCCUGAGAGAGCUCCUUAAAGAAUCUGCCAAACAGCAAACGUUCACUGCUUGUUUUUAUGUUUUCCUCUGUACAGCCUAAUCAUGUUCAUGCUGAUUGUAAAAGCUGCCUUGUUCUUGAUCACUGAGUGAGGGGCGUUUCAAAUCCAGGUCUGUGUACAAAUGUAAAUAUAGUGUAUAAGCUUACCACUCGCUGUUUAAAUUAUGCAUACUUGUUAUAUUUCCUAAUUUAAGAGGACUAUGACUAUCCACUGGUGCAGAGCCUUUGAAGAAGAUUAAAAGGACAUUGUUUUGCACAAUAGUUUUAUAAAUGUUAUUUGAUAAAAAAAAAAUCAAUACAAAUAUGUUAAUGCCUUGUGCUUCUAUGAUUAAAUUGAAUUAACUGCUGC